CUCUCUCUCUCUCUCUCUCUCUCUCUCUCCCGAGUCCACGAACGGCCGGCCUCCCCCCCGCCUAAAGUAUCCUGUAGACGUCAUCCCGCGCCUUCGCUCGAUUAAACAGUCGGAAAGAUGAUCAGAUGCAAUUCCACGUGUGUGACUGGAGCAACUUUGAGUACCACUCGGGGGGGCAUUUCAGACCGCCGAUUACAAACAAGUAUAAUCAACAAAUCCAUCUCAACUACACCCAGAAACAAAAGUCACAAAAGUAUUUUUUAGAAUAUUUCUUUGAAGUGAAAUAUCCAAGUCAUUUUUGAAUAAC